UGCUCUGGUCUGCCUUCGGCGAUCAUCUUUAACCCUCCCAAGCACGUCAGCAUCCAGCCAGCGCGGCGCUCUGCUAGCGAGCAGCACUCUGGACUACCCCCUUCGGCUAGACGGAUGGAAAGUGAGCCCUGCGGAGGACCUGGCUCUGAAAUUCUGCCUCAAGUCACCACUGUGAACAAGGGACCCUAAAGAAUGGCCGAACCUUGGGGGAACGAGUUGGCGUCCGCAGCUGCCAGGGGGGACCUAGAGCAACUUACUAGUUUGUUGCAAAAUAAUGUAAACGUCAACGCUCAAAAUGGAUUUGGGAGAACUGCGCUGCAGGUCAUGAAACUUGGAAAUCCAGAGAUUGCCAGGAGACUUCUCCUCAGAGGUGCUAAUCCCAAUUUGAAAGACCGAACUGGUUUUGCUGUCAUUCACGAUGCUGCCAGAGCAGGUUUCCUGGACACUGUACAGGCUUUGCUGGAGUUCCAAGCUGAUGUUAACAUUGAAGAUAAUGAAGGGAACCUGCCCUUGCACCUGGCUGCCAAAGAAGGCCACCUCCCCGUGGUGGAGUUCCUUAUGAAGCACACAGCCUGCAAUGUGGGGCAUCGGAACCAUAAGGGGGACACCGCCUUCGACUUGGCCAGGUUCUAUGGAAGAAAUGAGGUCAUUAGCCUGAUGGAGGCAAAUGGGGCAGGGGAAGCCGGGAGCCUGCAGUGAGUGUGGGGGUCUCCCACUGCCUUCACUUUGUCCAUAGUCGGUUGGCUGUCCUGUUUUACUAUCACUCAUUAAAAUAUAGGGUUUCGUUUUGCUUUGUUUUUAUAUUUUAAGCAGCUAGUCAAAUCCUUCGAAACUGCCUAAGUGGAAAUCUUACUACAAGUUUAUGAAAUAUUUAAACAUCUUUUUUCACUGUCAAAAUUCUGAUUUCUAACAUGUAAUAGCCAUGCCUUUCUUCUGGAUAUUUUAUCUUUGAUUUUUUUUUUUUUUCUUUGCUUACCCUUUGCCAUUCUCAAUGUCUGACUUGGAGACUUUGUUUUAAAAAUUAUUUGUCCUGAUGCAUCUUUUGCCUAAUUAAAGCACAGUUUUUCAGAAGAGGA